CGCACCCACUCGCUCCCCCGCUCCCUCUGGGUUGGAAGCCCUCAGCACACUCAUAUUUCUGCACCGUCUCUAAGGUGUGGAGACACAAAGCUGCUGACAAACGACACGACGAUGAUCCUGUUUCUACUUCUCCUCCUGACCAUCUGCGCCUCAGCUGAUGUACUAAAGUGCUCAACUUGUAACAACAUAAACUGUACCAGCACGUCUACUGUAUCAUGUGGCAACGGAGAGACGAUGUGCUUAUCGGCGUCUCUCAUAUUGAAUUUCACUGCUGACGGCACAUCAGUGCGACGGCGUGUGCAGAAAUGUACCACACUUCAAGUGUGCUCGACGUCUGGCGUUCAGAAUUACGAGGCAAACAUGGGCUAUUUCUCUCUGCUGGCGACUGCUCAAUGCUGCGGAGAAGAUAGCUGCAAUCAGGAGCCUCAGCCUUUCCCGAGUUCUCAGGGGUCUGCCGGCAGCCUGCAGUGUUUCGCCUGUAAAUCAUUGACGAGCUCUGUGUGCAACCAGAUGUUACAGUGUCAGGGAGCAGAAAACAGCUGCAUGGGAGCAUCUGUGAGGUUGACAAACAUUUUCCAUUCCGCCUUUGGCUGCGUGUCUUCAAACCUGUGCACUGCAUUUCCAUUUCUGUCGUCUUUCGGCGGUUUGGAAGCUACUAUCACAAGCGGCUGCUGUAAUACCAGUUUGUGUAACAGCGGGAUACCAAAAUCUGAUGCCCCGAGCUCAGCAACCACAACAUCGGGCCCAACAACAACCGGGAGCGGCAACCACGCCUACUGUGUCAGUCUGUGCCCGCUCCACCUGCUGCUGGGACUGAUACUGUUUGCCGCCUUUUAGAACAGCGUCCAGCGCUGCGAGGAUGAGUGGCGGCUCUCAGCUUUGAUGAGUCUUUGAUGACUCAGAACGGCUGCGUCACACGGCAGGCGAACACGGCCAUGCCUGCUAUGAUGUCACGUUGGUUUAUGAUGAGAUAUUUUAAAGAAGAAUUUUGAUUUUUUUUUUCUUCUUCUUUUUUAAAUCAAAACUAAAACCACUAAAUUGUACUUUAGGAUAAAAUGAUGGUGUGUUGACAGAGCUGGGAUGGGAAUAGUUGGCCAAAAUGUGAAACAAACACAACAGCUAAAUCAUCUUGAUACCAAUUUACAUUUGUGACAUUGUAGCAUAAAAUGUAGUACACACACUUAGUAGUACACAAUGAAUAGCUCACAUGAAGAAUCAGACAACUGGGAAUUAUUGAAAAUAAGAUACAACAGGCUGGUUUUUGUUUUUUAUUUUCUUUUAUUACCAUGUGGGUUUGGAUGUUUAGUGCUAUAUUUAUAAUGCUUUUAAAAUGUCAGAUUUGUGUUGGUAGCAUUACUGAUGGCAAAACGAGGCCUCAUGAAGCAUUUAAUGUUUUUCUAAGGCCAGUAGAUGGCAGCAUUUAUUCACAAAAGGGUUGGAUGGAAAGUGAAUUUCAUUGUUUUGAAUUCACAUGUGGAAUCCAGACUCCAGUCUAGAUUUCACAUCUUUUGAAUGAACUAUUUCCAUGUUUUAGUGAAUCAUGAAGCUAUGACAAGUGCAGCUGGGGACAGAUGCACAGUUGCAACAAUCACAUCCACUGAAGAUUGUAACUCCUUCAGACUUAACAGUGUUGCCUUUUAUGAUCAUUUUAAAUCAAUGGCAACUGUACAGUAUCUUUACUGUUUUCUGAUAUUUUUCAAAUGCUUUGCUAAGCACAGCUGAGCUUCUGUUUUACAAACUGACUUCCAAAGACAACUGGAGAAAUUUCAGUUUAUUUAUCCAAUAAUCAGAGAGGUGAAUGGUUUUAUGUAUCGUCAUAAAGAUUUGCUCUUAACUGUGAAAUUAUGUCAUUGUUACAGUUAGAAAACUUUCCAAAAAUGAUUGUUAAUGCUUUUAUAAAACAAUAAACCUAUAAUAAAAUGUAUAAACUACAAAAUAACUAA